AUGGCAUUGGCAGAAUCGCUUCUUCGUAAGAUCCACAAACUUGGGCUCUUGCCCAAAAUCAUUCGGGCGCUCCCAUUUGUGUCGUUUUUCUUAGCUCUUGCUAGUGUUCUGUGGCUCCUAGUAUUGCCCUUGGACGGCCAAUUCAGAAACACAUACAUUUCGGAAAAUGCAUUGAUGCCGGGCCAAGUCACGUCAUACUUCCGUGAAAGUGAAUGGAAUAUUGUACGUGGAUACCGUCUGGAGGUCAAGAAGUGGGACUUUAACGAUGUGGCUGACCAUAACCCAGUGUUGGAAGAUUGGUUGCAAGAUAUAGGGUUGAAGGUCUCCCACCAUAUUGAUUCCAAGUCUGGCAGAGAUACUAUGUAUGCUGUGAUGCAUGCUCCUCGAGGAGAUAAUACCGAGGCUAUGGUGUUGGUUGCUCCGUAUUUCACACUGGACGCGCUCCCCAAUGUUGGUGCGUUUUCGCUUGCUCCAGCUUUGGCCAGGUAUUUCACAAGAAUGUCCAUCUGGCAAAAGAAUAUCAUUCUUGUUUUUCCCAGAAACACACAUGCAGAGCUUCGCUCAUGGGUAGAAGCUUACCAUACUGAGUUGGAUGUUACGGCUGGUUCCAUUGAGGCUGCUAUCGUCAUGGAGUACGCAUCUGACCACGACAAUUUCGAGUAUAUGGAACUUUCGUACGAGGGACUCAAUGGACAGUUGCCAAACUUGGAUCUCAUCAAUACAGCCACUACCAUUGCAAGGAACGAAAUGAUGAAGGUUAGUAUCCAGAACUCGCCCACUGACCAGCUUGAGAGAAACGACUACUACUCUAGAUUGAGGACUCUUUUUAGAGGAAUAGUUAAAUUGGCAAGCUCGGGCUUGAAGAGGAACUCCCCUGGGUGUGAAUCAUUCUCGGGACGGCAAAUUCAGGCUAUCACAAUCAAGGCUGUGGGAACUGGAGGUCCAGAUAUUACUCAAUUUGGACGUAUCGUCGAUUCGACCUUCCGUGCGGUCAAUAAUCUUCUCGAGAAGUUCCACCAGUCGUUCUUCUUCUAUCUUAUGCUUGCUCCUCUCAAUUUUGUUUCUAUUGGCACGUAUUUGCCAUCGGCGGCCCUUUUGGCGCUUUCCUUCGCCAUCAGCUCACUCUACUGCCUUGUGAAUGGAGUAAGUGCCACAGAGUAUCUCUUAAAUGGUGCUUCGUUGUUGGGAAUUUUUACGGGCAUUGAACUUGUCUGCUUGGCUGGUGCCUUCGCAAUGAUGUCUUUGGUGGUGUCUUCAGACACCCCAGAUGUGAUCUCAUCCACCAUAAUCGUGACCAUGAUGGCAGUUACUAUUAUUGCUUCUUCUGCAACUUUGUUCAGUCACAACUUCUCUUUCCGUUUGUCCAAAACUGUCUCAUACUUACUUUUGGCAUUCUCGCUCUACUUUAUCGCUAUGCUAAUCAUUAGCUUGCUUAUCGUGCACUUUGCAUUGGCAUUCUCUAUCGGUAUCUGUGCAUUACCAUUAACGUUCAUUCUGCCUAUCAUUGCCCAGAAAGUCGCUGGAAAGAUACCUCCAUUCAAGGCAAAUUUGAGAAUUGCUUUAUGCCUCCUAUCGUCGUCGCCGUUCAUCACAAUUCCCUUGUUUGGCUACCUCUAUGACGGCGGUAAGUUCGAACAGGUGGUGGUAUUGACUAGGGGCUUGUUGACAUCGUGGGAUGAAUUGCAAUGCUGGACAUGGUUUGUUAUUGCUUUGGGAUGGUUGCCUGCUUGGGUAUCCAUCGCCACGGCGUGUGUGUUUGGAGACUUCGGAGAUGCAGCCAAAGUCAAGAAGGAGUAA